AACCUUCCUCCAUCGGCCACAACCGAAAUUCCCAUUAUACCCCUCCCCGCCGAAUCUCUCCACCGCCGGCUGUGGGAGAUCGCCUCUGCCUCACUUCUUUAAUUCCCUUCUUCUUUUUCUCCCUUCCCCGGCACCGUCUCCGAUCAUGGCCCUCAAAGCAGUCCACGUCUCCGACGUCCCGAACCUCGACCAGGUCCCCGGGGCCCUCCACGCGGCCCCCACUUUCUCGAAAGGGGUGGAGCUGAGCAGGUGGAGCUCAUUCAAGGUGCCGAAGUUCCUGGUGGUGGGCCACCGGGGGCACGGGAUGAACCAGCUCCAAUCGGACGACCGGAGGAUGAAGGCCUUCAAGGAGAACACCAUCCUCUCCUUCAACUCCGCCGCCAAGCUCCCCCUUGACUUCAUCGAAUUUGACGUCCAGGUCACAAAGGACGACUGCCCCAUCAUCUUCCACGACAACUUCAUUCUCUCCGAAGAAAACGGGAUCGUGUUUGAGAAGAGGGUGACAGAGCUGACCCUGAACGAGUUCAUGUGCUAUGGGCCGCAGGAGGAGCCGGAGAGACUGGGCAAGUCCCUGCUCAGGAAGACCAAGGAUGGCAAGAUCAUAAACUGGGAAGUCGAAUCAGACGACCCCCACUGCACCCUCCAGGAGGCCUUCCAGAGGGUCGAGCCCUCCCUCGGGUUCAACAUCGAGCUCAAGUUCGAUGAUCACGUUGUCUAUCCUCAGGACUAUCUCAUUCGGGUCCUCCAAGCCAUCCUAAAGGUGGUUUUCGAUUACGCAAAUGGCAGGCCCAUCAUCUUCUCGACGUUUCAGCCCGACGCCGCACUUCUCGUUCGGAAAUUGCAGAGCAUAUACCCCGUCUUCUUCUUGACGAACGGGGGCACGGAGAUCUACUAUGACACGAGGAGGAAUUCCUUGGAGGAGGCCGUGAAGCUCUGCUUGGAAGGCGGCCUGCAGGGAAUCGUUUCCGAGGUUAAAGGCAUCUUCAGAAACCCCGUGGCCAUCUCCAAGAUCAAGGAGUCCAAACUCUCCCUCCUGACUUACGGCAAGUUGAACAAUGUUCCCGAAGCGGUGUACAUGCAGCAUCUGAUGGGGAUCGACGGAGUGAUCGUGGACUUGGUCCGAGAGAUAACAGAGGCAGUGGCUAAUCUGAUAAAGCCGCCGGCAGCAACAGAGGAGACCCUGUCCGAGACGAUAGCAUCGGAUGACGGAGCUGCCAAGGAGCCGAAGCCGCACUUCUCCGAACGGGAGCUCUCCUUCCUCCUGAAGCUCAUCCCUGAGUUGAUACAGCUCUAAUCAGAUGGGAAGGAAUUGAUUUGCCAAUUUGACCCCUUAUGGAUCUUCUUUUUCUGUGUUGGAAGUAGGGAGUGUUAGGAUGAUUGGAGGAAUGGUCCCAAUACAAUACAUAUAAGUCAUCACAUCAUAUGAGAGAGAUGUCUUUCCUAGGAAUUUGGUUUUUGUGUACAUAUAGAAGGAAAAACUUGUGGGGCCGUCCUCCAUUUGUAAUUGCCAAAAGUUCAAUUUACAGUAUUGCAGCUGCCUUUACCUUUGGUUAAUCGCCAAGCUGCUGCUUCUUCUUCUU